AGUUUCAACCAUGCUCCGGCCCAGCCCAAAAACAGUUCCAACCACGUUCAGCUCAAAAGCUUUGCAGCACACGCGUGUCCAGUAUGCCAGUUGGAGAUUGACAUACUGGACCAAAUUACCCUUCUCUUAUCUAAGAUUGACAGGAACCUGUUCCAGGUCGGAGAUUGCGAGGAAGAGAGCGCUUUACCUUUACGGUGUGUGUGUGUGUGUGCGAGAGAGAGAGAGAGGAGAGAUGUUCGGUAGUUUGAAGAAGUUACAGGUUUCGAACCCUGCGAUCACAGCCAGCUGUGACCGGAACUUCGCCAGAAACUUCGACUCUUGUUGCCGGUUAAAUCUCCGGCUACCGCCUCGCAGGUUCGCUUCUGUGUCUCUGCAAUCCGACAAUGCUUCAUCUGAGCCGUCGAUUUCCUCUUUCACUGCCACCGUCGGAUCUUCUUCACCCUCCUCGCUUCAGCUCUCACAGUGGACCCUCACUCACCGCCACAUUCAAAUGCUAAACGUCAUCGCUUGCGCGGCAGCUGUUUCCGCGACUUGGCUUUUUUGCUCUGCGAUCCCGACUCUUCUGGCUUUCAAGAGAGCAGCGGAGUCAAUGGAGAAGCUAUGGGAUGUCACAAGGGAAGAGCUUCCUGACACGAUGGCUGCUGUUCGAUUGUCUGGGAUGGAGAUCAGCGACUUGACAAUGGAGCUCAGUGAUCUGGGGCAGGAGAUAACUCAAGGUGUUAAAAGCUCCACUCGAGCUGUCCGCUUAGCUGAGGAAAGAUUGCGACGCUUGACGAACAUGGCUCCAUCAGCUUUGAUGCAGGACGUAACCAUGGUGAAAACUGAAAUACCAGGACCGGUGUUAGCCAGAACUGCAAGGGGCAUACGGGAAGGGAUUGUGAAGGGUCGUGGAUUCUUGCAAAUGUUUUUCACAUUUACCCAAUUCUCAAGGAUGGCCUUUAACUACUUCACUUCUCGAGCUAAGCGAUAGAUUGAAAAACACAAGCUUCCUGAUCGUUGGAUUACUGCAUCAGUGGUGCGGGAAGCAGGUCGAUACUUCUCUGGGACAUGCCUGCCUAUGUUUUGCUGAAAAUAUAAUUUUGUGAUUUAUGCUUAAUCCACUUGUUAACUGAGGUAUAAUAAGUGCAACGUAAAAUGCGGUAUUGGAAGGACGAUUAUAUUUAAUAUUUCAUUCAAUAAGGGAUCAAUACCACAUGUUGCAUUUAGGCAUAUCUUCGACAGAUUUAGUACCAGGGUUUGUGAUUUGUUACUAGGGCUUUUGUGGACUUGGAAGAUUAUUAUUAAUAAAACUGAUUGCAGUAGUAAUGUUGGCUGCUUCUUUUU